GUCCUCGCUGCCCUCCAGCUAAACUGGCAUACAGAAUCAAGAAAGACAUGGGAAGGAAACUGGAUCUUUCUGGUCUGACCGAGGAUGAAGCUGAACAUGUCCUUCAGGUUGUCCAGCGAGACUUCAGCCUCAGAAAGAAAGAAGAGGAACGCUUAAGCGAAUUAAAGCAAAAGUUGGAUGAUGAAGGCAACAAAUGUUCUAUUUUGUCAAAGCAACAGAAGUUCAACGAGCACUGCUGCAUCCGAUGCUGCUCUCCGUUUACCUUUCUCAUCAAUUCCAAGCGCCAGUGUCUGGACUGCAAGUUCAACAUCUGCAAAAACUGCAGCUCCUUCCAGAAGAAAGAGAAGGCUUGGAUGUGUAAUGUCUGCCAGCAAACAAAGCUCUUGAGAACCCAGUCAUUGGAAUGGUAUUACAACAAUGUCAAAAGUCGCUUUAAACGUUUUGGCAGUGCCAAAGUGCUGAAGAAUUUGUACAGAAAGCAUAGGCUUGAAAGCGGAGCAAGUGCUGAAAUUUUAGAAGGAAGCUUUAUUGAUGAAAGUUUAGAAAAUGAAGGCAGUGUGUGUGGGAGUGACUCCACAUUCUACAGACAAACACAAGGGCACAGCAUGAUGGACACCCUUUCAGUGGCCUUACGUGUGGCAGAAGAGGCAGUAGAAGAAGCAAUUGCCAAAGCUGAAUCAUACAGCGAUAGCUUGGAUAAACAGAAUGAGGCUUGUUAUUUGCGGGAACACAAAGAAGAACUGAUCGAGGAGUUAGCUACAACCAUUGUUCAGAAGAUUAUCAAGAGGAAGAAAAGCAAAGGAGAGCAAACUGAAGGAUUGUAUGAUUGGCAGCGGACUAGGGCUGAUGUGACUUCACCAGCUGUGUCUGAACAAAGUAUAAUGACGCUUCAGGAGAGAGGAUUAGAUACACUUUGGAGAUCUCAUUCAGCAUUUUCCUUGAUGAAUGAAGAUGCAGAAAGUAGCAACGCAGAAGGUAAAUCCAGCACACCAGAGUCACGGUGUCAGUCGCAGAGAAGUCACAAGAGAAGACUGAAAGAACACAGACCUUCUACGCUGCCAAGUUGGAAGAGUGUGGACAGUCUUUAUGACUCAAGUCCAUCUCCAGUUCUGCAAAGUUCAGAUGGCAAUUGGGUAGCUCUACAAAGUAUAACAUUGCCUCCACCAAGAUUGCUUGCUCAGCCAAAGAGUCAAGUGUUCAAAUCUUUAGAGAAUGAGUCAAAUGUAGUCUCAGCUUAUGAUGAGAUGGGUUCAGACAGUGAUGAAGAAGUCGACUGGAGUUUAGCACUCAGUGCCUACCGACGGAGAACAAGGCAGUUGUCAGAUGAUUCUUGCUACACAGACUCUCAGUAUAACACGGAAUGGGCAUGUGGCAAUGAUUAUUAUCAGUCUGUAACUUCCCCAUCAUCUGGAUUGUUUACAAAUACCGAAACUAUGUAUUCUGACUCAGAAACCUCAUCAGUGAAUUCUAUGAAGGAGAAUAGGUUGUCCUCCAAGUCCCUUUGGCCAAGUAGAAAAGUUCCUAGCGAGCAGACGCAUAAAGAAGACAUGUAUGGAAAGAUGGAUAUCAAUUUUAACCCUCAGUCCAUUAGUAUGGAAUACUCAGACAGCAGUGAACCUGAGAAAACUCAUGUUGAUGUUGAGAAAAGAUCAAGAAGAUGGAGAAAAAGCAAAGUAGUCCUUGAAGAGAUGGGAGAGGGGAGUAAUAAUGCAGCAAGAGUACAGAAAAGGACUCUGGGCACUAAUAAGGGCUUUACUGAUUUAUCAGAAACAGAGAUGAGCAGUGGUGACCAACAUCCCAGAACAAAGUCUGACUGUCUCGAGCAAAAGCUUAAAACACGAUUAAGUGAAUUAACAGCCAAGAUUAGUGAUAAAGAAACGUCUUCUGGGGAAGAACAGGAUUCAGAUCUUAGAAUGGAAACUGGGAACAGUGAAAUGUUGUCAUCAGAGGACAAUUCCAAGUGUGUACAAGAGGAGAUAAAAAAGGAAAAGCAACAGGCUUUAGAGCUCCACUUAAAACUACAGUUUUUGUCCUCAGUACUGCAACAGAAGUACUCUGCUGUGUCUCUCUGCAACAUAUCAACACAAGUCCUUAAAGUCAUCAAUGCAACUGAGGAACUCAUAGCAGGAUCCACUGAUACAUGGGAUUCCCCAGAAAAUACUCUUGAACGGGGGACUUUUCCUGUAGGUGCUGACCCACUCAGUCUAGAUGAGCAACUCACCAAGCUGGAAGAAAAUGUGUAUCUCACAGCUGGCACUGUGUAUGGGUUGGAAGGACAACUGGAUGAGAUCGAGGACUCGGCACGCAAAAUCAACAGCGUGACUACAGAAAUUGAACUUGCUGAUUUGGAAGAUCAAGUGGCAACUGCAGCUGCCCAAGUUCAUCACGCUGAGCGUCAGAUUACAGAUAUAGAAAGUAGAAUAUCAGCUCUCACCGUAGCUGGAUUAAAUGUUUCUCCAUGCGUGAGGCUGACAAGAAGACGUGAGCAGAAUACUAAUCAGAUUCAAACAAUAGACACUUCCAGGCAGCAACGGCGAAAACUACCAGCAACACCUCUACAUGAUGAAGAACCUGAGCAUCCAGCAGUGAACAAAAUAAAGGCAUUCAAUAGAAAUUUUGUGCUACAGGGAUCUUUAACUCAAAGAUCUAAGGAAUGGAAGAGUGCUGCUAAAGAAGUCAUGGAACCCACAAAAGGCUCAACCAUAAUGUAUUAAAGACCCAUAUUUAUACUGCCAAAAAGUAUGAUGCCUAAAGCUGUACACAUGAGUGCCUUUAUCUGACAGCCAUUAUGGUAUCCAUAAAAGAAACAGAUCCUUGUGUGAUGUUGCAAUGCCUAUAUCAUCAGGCUUUGUUCAGAUACCUCACUGGGAAUGGUCAACAUUAUGGUCUACUCACUGGAACUCUGCCUUAAGUUCUUCGGAGUCACCAGGAAAAGGUUACCGAGUUUCAAGAAAGGCUUUUAUUAUGCACUUUUUUAUUUCCAUCCUUGUACUACCAGUAAUGUGUCCAAAACUGUUUUUGUAUUCUUAAUUUUUGAUGUAUUCAUAUACAGUACCAAAUGAAAUGUAAGAGCAAAUGUUUUUGUUGUAAAGGUGUUUUCAAAAAUAUAUCCAGAGGGGUCUUAUAUGGAUACUGUACUGUUUUCUAUCAGGUGCAAUUUGACUACUUAAGUAAGAUACUUCAAGUAUGUAAUUCUCUUCUAUAGUCACAUUAAAAGUUCCUUUAGGAGACUUGUACAAGUAUGCAUACAAUAUAUUUUUGUGCAAUGUUCUCUCCAACAUCCAUUAAUG